UCGGUUCUCAUCCAGCGCGCGCGCGCGUCUCCCUCUCCUUCCGCUCCUCUUCUCCGUGCAACCUCCCGGUUUGACAGUCGAGGCGAACGCGUGAGCGGAUCCCACAGGUGUGUUGUUGCUAAAUGAGCCGCGGCUCUUGGAGACUCGCACGCGCACGCACGCGCGCGCGCGCACCCACACACCCACCCACAGAGACAGACCCACACCUGGAAAUUACCAUGUGACUCGGCACCUGGGCGUGGAGAAAAGUCCCCGAUAUUCUACCCGGAGAGUCUUUUGUUGAGGAGUUGCCCGGAUCUCCUUUCAACGGGAAUUGACAAAUCGCGUCCAUUCAAGUAACGUUAGUACGUGUUUUCUACGGAAUAGUGCCUUUUUUUCCUCAACACCCCCACCACCCCCCUCCUCACAGGACAUGUGAGGAGAGUAACAUGUAAACUUGAUUCCGGACUUCUGUUUUUUUUUUUUCCCCUACUAUUUCACCAGAGGGGCUCUUCAAUAUCUGGACUUUUCUUGUCUCUCUUCGCUGGUUUUCCUCCAAGAGCCCGGGCCCUUAAUGAAGCUGGGGGUCAGCAGCAGUGUGCGGCUAAUUGGCCAAGUUUGCCCGGGGCUCCGGCUGCCCGUGAUUGAAGCGUCCAGUGAGGGCCCACUGUGCAGCCGCCACUGCACCCUGCUCUGUUCCACUCCAACAGCCAAGACGGUCACUGCACCCUUGUCUGCCGCUCCCUAAGAUGGCAAGCUGGGUCUCCCUCCUCCUCUUUCUCUUCUGCCAGCCAGUCUCACAAGCCCAGGAGGAAAGCAGCACCAUCCCCAUCCUGGAGUUCAACUCCAAGACCGCCAUCGACAAUGUGGUCCAGGACCCCCAGACCGGUCUAAUCUACCUGGGGGCGGUCAACGCCAUCUACCAGCUGGGGCCGUCGCUCCAGUGGCAAUCUCAGUAUGAGACGGGCCCCAAAGAGGACGCCCGGACCUGUACGCCUCCUUCCUCCACCUGCCAGGACACGAAGCCCAUGCCCAGCCUCAACAAGCUUCUGCUGGUCAAUCCGUCCAACGGAUCGCUCAUCGUCUGUGGCAGCCGCUACCGAGGAAUCUGCUCCCUCCUCAACCUGACCAACGUGGCAGAGCAGCUGUAUUACAGUGACAAUAAAGGAGAGAGGACUUACGUGGCGAGCAUAGAGGAUAACGUGAACGUGGUGGGCGUCAUGUCCACCUACUUAAGAGAGAAUCAGACCUUCAGUGUGUUUCUUGUUGGUAAGGGCUACGGAAGCCAGGACAGUACAAAACUCAUCAGCACACGAAUCCUUCAGGACUUCCGCGAUUGGGUCGUGUUCGAGAGCAUCAUUGAGGCGUCCACGGUGCAGACGACGCCAUUUGUUCCCAAGUACCUGCAUGACUUCCGCCAUGCCUUCAAAGAGGAUGGUUUUGUUUAUUUCCUCUUUUCGCGGACACUCGACGGUACGGAUAAUAAAAACCUCACCUUUGUGUCUCGUCUUUGCGAAAAUGACCACCAUUACUACUCCCACACGGAGCUCCAGUUAAACUGCGGCCAAAACCAAAAUAACAAAUACAACAAAGUUCAAGCUGCGUACGUGGCGUCUCCAGGAAAAGAGCUCGCACGACUCAUGACCGAAUCGGGUAUGUAUGGGAAGGUCGUCUCGUGGAGCAAAGUCCUCUUCGUGGUGGCGAGUCCCGAUGACGACGUCAACGAAUCGGCUCUGUGCAUGUACCCACUCAAUUCCAUCAAUGAGCGUCUGGUGGACCUCAUCAGCGCCUGUUACAGCGACUCGGGGAAAAUCUCUGGGUUGCCCGCUGUGGACAUCCCAUACUCAUCUAAAACUGACUGCACAUCAACAAUUCCUAAGGAUACGUUGGAAAAGUACAAGUGUGGUGCAGACUUUCUGCCUUCCCCUCUGGCCAGCAUCCCGAGAUUUGCCUUAAAGGCGGAGGCGGUUUGGACCCAUAUGGACUUGCUGACUGCCGUGGCCGUCGCUGUGGAGAAUGAUCACACCAUCGCCUUCUUGGGGAACACCCAGGGGGAGGUCUUCAAGGUACACCUGCUCGAGAAGGGAUUCUCGUACAGUAAGGUUCCUGGCGGCACCAUGGGAGAGAAGGUCAACAAGAACCUUUUCUUUGAUCUCAGUCAAAGCCACCUCUACAUUACCACAGAGAAAAAGAUCACCAAGGUGCCAGUGCAGACGUGCCUCCAAAAGAAGGACUGCCAAUCAUGUGUGGAACUGAGGGAUCCUUACUGUGGCUGGUGCGUCCUGGAGGGCAGGUGUACCAGGAGGUCUGAGUGCCGACGGGCGGAGGAGAAGAAUGGCUGGCUGUGGAGCCCGAGGCAGCAGUGUGUCAGGAUCGUCUCCUUCUAUCCCCCGAACCUUUCUUGUAAAAAGACUCAGAAGGUGAAGAUCAACAUCCCCUCCCUUCCUGCGAUUGGGCUUUCUGACCGUUUGCUCUGCUCCAUUAAGUCGUUCAAGAGUGAAGGCACCAUGUCUGACUCUGGUCAAGUCUCCUGCGAUCUACCCCAACCUUCGCUUAUACCACAUACACCUGAGGACCAAGACUUUGUGGCCGUGGCCGUCAGGAUUUUUGUCAACGAGACGGUGGAGCUGGCUACGCGGGAGUUCAAGUUCUAUAACUGUGCCGCCACAGUGAGGAAAUCCCAAAACACACCGUGCAUGUCAUGUGUGGCCAGUUCGUGGGGCUGCCAGUGGAACACACACGACCACACCUGCAGCGACAUGGACGAAAGUGAGAAGGGUCCCAAAAUCAUCAAGCACCGUCAGGGAGCGAGGUGUCCUCAGUUUGAGAAUCCAGAUCCUGUGCUGAUCCCUGUGGGCUACAAGACUCGUAUCAGCUUUGAGGGGAUCAAUUUGGACAUCUACGAGGGUCGUGUUUUCACAAUCGGCACUGAACUGAUGAGAAAUACGGAAGAGGAGGUCAAGUUUGAGGAUGGCCCGUUCUACACGUUCAGCGGCUUCAAUUUUUCUUACGACAAGUCACCGGAGACCAAUGUUCUCUUCUACGUGAAGGACAAAGAGUCGGGCAAGAAGAUGGACAGCACGCUGAACGUCACCCUGUACAAUUGCUCCAUGGGAAGGGAGGACUGCAGUCUCUGUAAGAAUGCAGAUCCAAAGUACAGGUGUGUGUGGUGCGCCAAGCAGAGGGCGUGUGUGUACGAGAAGCUGUGCAAUCCUGCCCAACAAGGGGCCGAUGAUCCUCACAACACCGAGUGCCCCGACCCCCAGAUCACUGAUAUCAUCCCUCGUUUUGGCCCCCUGCGGGGAGGGAUCUCCAUCACCAUCCGGGGCUCCAACCUCGGCAUCCACAAGGAAGACAUUAAAAGCAUCACCGUGGUUGGGGAGCCUUGUAACCACCAGAAGGAGAAAUACUCUGUUUCCACAAGCGUGGUGUGUGAGAUCGGCCCUGUUGACCUUAAAAAUGAUAACUGGGGCCAGGUGGAGGUGGAGGUGAAGGGAGGAAAGAGAGGAACCUCUUCCAUUUACUUCACCUACAGGGACCCGAUUCCAGAGGUGGUGAAACCCUCCAAAGGUCCAAAAGAUGGGGGUACCCUCAUUACCAUUUCUGGACGAUUUCUGGACACUGGCAGUAAGGAUGAUGUCCAGGUUACCGUCGGAGAAGUGGACUGCACUGUGGAGCACUUCGGAGCAGAGAUCACCUGCAGGACAGGAGAAUACCGAACAGAUAAGGUGCCCACUGACCCUCUCACCGUCACGGUGAGGUAUGGAAUGAGUACCACAACAACCAUCCCAAGUGCCUUCCAAUUCAUGGAAAAUCCCAUCGUGCUGGACCACCAGCCCAAAACAAGUUUUGUCUGUGGAGGGAGGAACAUCGUGGUGACCGGAUCUGGCUUUAACCUGAUCCAGACUGCAGUCCUGAAGGUCCAAGGAGACAAUUCAAUAACCUUUGAGAACGCCCACGAGAAGAACGACACGGUCAUCCAGUUUCGGUCUCCGACAGUAAACAGCUCCCUGGUCCAGCCUUUUAAAACCUUCAUCCAGCUUGACAACUGGAAGAAGGACCUAAAGCCCUUCGAAUACUACCCUGACCCCAGCUUCAACGAGCUGACCAAGAAGGUCAUCACUGAGGCCAGCAUCAUCAUCGUCACUGGUCGGGGAUUCUCCAAAGCCAUGACGGCCAAAGAGGCUCAAGCGUUUGUGGGCGACGUUCCCUGUCUGGUGAACACACUUCAGGAUGAAAAGUUGUUUCUGGACCCCCCUUCCACCACGCCCAGCGCUCGCUCCAGACGGCACCGCAGAGACACUCGGCCUGAGCUGCUGGACUUAACGAUCAAGUUUGGGAAAGGGGAGUGGGUGGUCGGCUCGGUGCAAUACGAGAAGAAGAAUGAUUUGUCACUCUACAUCAUCAUCCCUGCUGUCAUUGUGCCCAUGCUGCUCAUCAUCGCUAUCUCCGUCUACUGCUACAGGAGAAAGAGUCAACAGGCAGAGAGGGAGUACGAGAAGGUGAAACAUCAGCUUGAGAAUCUGGAGGAGAGCGUACGGGACCGCUGCAAGAAAGAAUUCACAGACUUGAUGAUCGAGAUGGAGGACCACACCAACGAACUGAGCGAGGGCCGAAUCCCCUUCCUGGACUACAAAACCUACACCGAACGCGUCUUCUUCCUGCCCUCUAAGGACGGUGCCAACGAUGUGAUGAUCACAGGAAAGCUCGACAUCCCAGAGGCUCGACGGGCCAUAGUGGCUCAGGCGCUCAACCAGUUCUCCAACCUCCUGAACUCAAAGACCUUCCUCAUUAAUUUUAUCCGCACCCUGGAGCGCAGUCAUGACUUCAACGCCAGGUCCAAGGUGUACUUCGCAUCCCUGCUGACGGUAGCUUUGCACGGGAAACUGGAAUACUACACCGACAUUAUGAGAACACUGCUGCUGGAGCUGAUGGAGGAAUACGUCCACAGCAAGAACCCUAAACUCAUGUUGCGCAGGUCAGAGACAGUGGUGGAAAGGAUGCUAUGUAACUGGAUGUCGAUCUGCCUUUACCAGUUUUUAAAGGACUCUGCAGGAGAGCCCUUGUACAAACUGUUCCGAGCCAUCAAGCACCAGAUUGAGAAAGGGCCCGUGGACGCCAGAGUGAAGAAAGCCAAGUACACCCUCAACGACACGGGCCUGUUGGGCGACGAUGUAGAGUACUCUGUCCUGACCCUGCAAGUGCUGGUGCAGGGCGAGGGUCCGGAUGUGACGCCCGUCAAGGUGCUGAGCUGUGACACCAUCUCGCAGGUGAAAGAGAAGAUCAUAGAGCAGGUGUACAGGAACCUGCCGUACUCCCAGCGGCCCAAGGUUGACAAUGUCACACUGGAGUGGCGCCCGGGCUCGACAGGGCAGAUUUUGUCAGAUCUGGACCUGACGUCCCAGAAAGAGGGCAGGUGGAAACGCUUCAACACCCUGGCACACUACAACGUGCGCGAUAACGCCACAUUAGUCUUGUCCAAAGUGUUCUCCAUUCAGCAGAACUAUGACCAGAACCAGGAAAACCAUGGAGAGCGGAAUGCACUGCUGGAAGAUGACAAGGUGUUUCACUUGGUGAGGCCGGCGGAUGAACUGGAUGAGAUCAAAUCCAAACGAGGAAGCAUAAAGGACAAGUCGAUGACCAAAGCCAUUACAGAGAUCUAUUUAACACGACUCCUUUCUGUCAAGGGAACACUACAGCAGUUUGUAGAUGACUUCUUCCGCAGUGUGCUGUGCUCUGGGACAGUGGUGCCACCGGCUAUCAAAUAUUUCUUUGACUUCCUGGAUGAGCAGGCACUGAAACACAACAAUGUGGACGAGGAGACCAUCCAUAUCUGGAAGACUAAUAGCCUUCCUCUGCGGUUCUGGGUGAACAUCCUCAAGAACCCCCACUUCACCUUCGACGUCCACGUGUCUGAAGUGGUGGACGCCUCGCUCUCCGUCAUCGCCCAGACCUUCAUGGAUGCCUGUACCAAGAGCGAGCACAAACUCAGCCGGGACUCUCCAAGUAACAAACUACUCUAUGCAAAGGAGAUCUCCACUUACAAGAAGAUGGUGGAUGAUUAUUACAAGGGCAUCAGGCAGAUGGUUCCUGUCAGUGAUCAGGACAUGAACACUCAUCUGGCGGAGGUGUCACGGUCUCACACGGACAAACUGAACACACAAGUGGCUCUCCAUCAGCUUUACCAGUACGCCAGCAAAUACUAUGAUGGGAUCAUCGCAUCCCUGGAGGAGGACCCAGCUGCCCAGAGUAAACAGCUGACCCUGCGGCUCCAGCAGAUAGCGGCCGCCCUGGAAAACAAAGUGACUGAUCUCUAACCCACGA